GAGGGAUUCCUAGCGCAUCAUCCGUGCAUGAGACUUCAAUGAGAAACCAGCGAGACAGCCCUGCAAUUGGAUCCUACACAAGUCAAUCCCACAUGUGGGUGGGCGGUGGACUCAGAGCUGCGCACCCAGUAAAGUAAAGGUUGUACAACAAAAGCUUGCGGGAAAGUUGCACAUGCCAGCGAACGCGAAUUAUACUUAACAGUUACACCUCUCGCUAAAAGUGAAAACACGUUUCAGACCCGUUCAGCUCAGUUUCAUUCAAGACGCAAUGAUGUCAUGCCUGUGGAUCUUCGUCCUUGGGAGUUUAAUCGUGACUGGAGUGAAGAUGCAAGACGAUGGAGUGGAAAGUGCAGAGAAUGCAGAUUCUCCAGCCGAUGACCUUGCGCCAGGGGACUCAACCGUUCCUGAUGAAGCUGCAGACGCUGAAAAACCAGCUGAAGUUCCUGCACCUGAGGAAACACCUGAGGAAACACCUGAAGAAACACCUGAGGAAACACCUGAAGAAACACCUGAAGAAACACCUGAGGAAACACCUGAAGAAACACCUGAGGAAACACCUGAAGAAACACCUGAAGAAACACCUGAGGAAACACCUGAGGAACCAGCGGAGGAGGCAACAGCUCCUGCAGAGCCUGAAGCUGAAGACACAAACCCUGACACAGACGCCGCGACAGAAGAUGCUGAAGAAACACCAGCAGAGGAACCUGCUGCUGCUGAAGAAGAAGCAGAAGAAGCAGAAGCUCCAGCUGAAGCAGAAGCUGAUGCACCUGUCGGAGAUCCUGAAGUUACUGAAGAAGAAAUCACGUCUGAAGAAGCUGCAGGUGACGCAGAAGAACCAGCACAAGAGGAAACAGACGGAGGUGAAGAAGAUGCAGAUGCAGGUGAAACAGCUCGCAGCGCCGGAGCCGUUUCUGAGUCGAACGACUCGACCGCUGUACUGGAGGAACCUGUGGACUCAGUGGAAGGAUUUGAUCUUGCUGAUGCUUUCGAUGAAGAUAUAGAAGAGAAAGCACAACCAGAGGAUCCAGUAGAGAAUGCAAUGGGAGAUGCAGACCGGCACAGCGCAGGUCAAGACAAAGCUCGCAGCGCCGGAGCCGUUUCUGAGUCGAACGACAGUGGAUCCGGUACGGUUGUUGGUGUUGUUUGUGGGAUCGCAGUAGCAGCUAUUGGUGCAAUAACCGGAUACUUCACCUAUCAGAAGAAGAAACUGUGCUUCAAAGUCCAGAGAGGAGACCCGGAGAGCGCCAAAGAAGAGAACGGCACGCAGAGCGACCCACAGGUUUUAAACACUCUCCUGAACUCAUCCUAACUCCAGCAGUGAAGCAGCCGAGUCCAGUGAAGCGACUGUGAACUGCUUUACAUCGUACACAAACACAUUCACAGUACAGAACGUCACAGAUUAAGGCCUUUUUCAUAAUAUCUCAUCUUCCUACUGCUUCGACUACAGUUCUGGACCAGCACUAGGACUGUUAAGAAUUGUUUUGAAUGUAUUUUCACAUAGUUUGAGUGGGAUGGGAUGUGUGUGUGCGUGCAUGCAUGUGUAAUUCGACAGCCUUUUGGGAGAGGCAUUUCAUUUCGUUACUUUAAAAAGUGUCGUUUAGUUUAAUUACUGUGUCAUUAAUCGCAGUUUUGUCUGAUUUGUAAAAAAAAGCUGAUCUCACACCGUGGAAUGAUUCACUUUGAAAUUGUGUUGUCUGACCAAAUUGAAUUCGUAGGACGUUUCUUUCGAUUUUGUUUUUGUUUUUUAAAUCCUGUAAAUAAUUGUUGAGUUUGAAUAAAAGGGUGGUUACAUUUAAA